CCGAAAACCUCUAUUCUUCUUUUCUAGUCUAGUGGCCCGUCAAGCGUGUGGAAUUGAACUACUAGAUAGCAAUUACUAUGAAAAUUACUGGACAUUUCUUUGUCAAAAAUUUACAACCAAUGGCCAUAAGCCUUAAAUAAACCACUGGAUCAUCUAUAUACAACGCUUCUUCUAUCACAGUAUACUAAUGCUGUAGUCCUUUGAUUUUCAUCCCUACUUACGUUUUUCUCUAAGCUCAAAUCCAUUGCAAUUUUCGUCCUUUGAUUACUUCAUCAUACCAACCAUGGAUAUCUCAAAGCCACAUGCAGCGCUGCUGUCUAGCCCCGGGAUGGGACACCUCAUCCCCGUCGUGGAGCUCGGCAAACGCCUCGUGACCCACCACAACUUCACCGUCACAAUCUUCGCCGUCACUUCCCCCAUGUCGCCGGCGGAGUCUGAUGUUAUCCAGUCUUGCAUGAGCCCAAAACUCUUCGACAUCGUGCAACUCCCACCGGUUGACAUCUCCGGCCUAGUUGAUGCAAACUCUCAGAUUGUUACACAACUCUCAGUCAUGAUGCGUGAAGCCCGGCCAGCCAUCCGUUUGGCAAUCUCUGACUGGAAUCCCCGGCCAACCAUGCUUAUCGUUGACCUAUUUGGAACUGAAUCUCUUCCCAUAGCUGAUGAACUUGAUAUGCCCAAGUACGUUUACAUCGCUUCGAACGCAUGGUUUCUUGCUUUGACCAUACGUGUGCCAUUCCUUGACAAAGAGGUAGAAGGAGAGUAUGUUGACCAAGUAGAGCCGCUGAGACUCCCCGGUUGCAAGUCGGUGCUGCCCGAAGACGUGGUUGACCCGAUGCUGGACCGAACUAACCAGCAGUAUUUUGAGUACGUAAGAAUAGGGUCUGAGAUCCCAUUGAGUGACGGGAUUUUGUUGAAUACGUGGGCGGAUCUGCAGCCCACGUCACUUGCUGCGAUGAGAGAUGAGGAUCUCUUGGGUCGGGUCAUUAAGAGCCCGGUUUACCCUGUUGGUCCUUUAACAAGAACGGUCUCCGCUUUGGAUGAUCCGUUAAUGUUUGAUUGGCUAGACAUGCAACGCAGCGAGUCAGUGAUUUACGUCUCGUUUGGAAGUGGUGGGACCCUUUCAUACGAACAAAUGACCGAGAUAGCCUGGGGGUUGGAGUUGAGCGAGCAGAGAUUCAUUUGGGUGGUACGCCAACCCUCCAUUGGAGCUGCCGACGCCGCUUUUUUCACGGCAGGGAACGCAUCGGGUGGUGAUGACCCGUUAAACUACUUGCCGAAUGGAUUCUUGACACGAACUAAAAAUGUGGGCCUCGUGGUACCCCUGUGGGCCCCGCAAGCUGAAGUCCUGUGCCACCCAUCCGUUGGUGGGUUUGUGUCACACUGUGGGUGGAACUCCGCCCUAGAGAGCAUCACCAACGGAGUGCCAAUGAUCGCGUGGCCGCUCUACGCGGAACAGAGGAUGAACGCUACGUUGCUGACGGAGGAGCUUGGUGUGGCCGUCCGGCCGAAGGUGUUGCCGUCGAAGAAGGUGGUGGGAAGACAAGAGAUCGAGAAGAUGGUGAGGACGAUCAUGCAAGACAAAGAAGGGCAUGCUAUAAGAGCUAGGGUCAAAGAGCUAAAGCACAGUGCUGAGAAAGCUUUGUCAAUGGAUGGUUCCUCAUUCAAUGCACUUUCUGAAUUGAAAAAUCAUUGUUCCAUGAAAGCACGUGCUCCAUGAGUUCCCAGAAACUCUCAGUUGCUCUAUUUGAGAUUCCAACACGUGACAUGUGUGAGUGGUGCUGAUUCUAAUACUAUUUU